CAGUUAAUUGCAUUGUGAAGCCUGUGCCUUAGCUACUAUACACUGAAACUUUCACCACCAACAUUGUUUUCAUAGAUUUAUUGACCUGCUUUUACGUGUAUUAAAAGAAUAAUUUUUAUUUUUUUAUAAAAUCAAUACAAUUUAAAAAUUAAGACACCACUGCGACUUGCUUCGCAAGUUAUUUCAAUAAUUGCACACGACACUAGUUGCAAAUAGAUUGUAAUCUCAGACAGUAUAAAAAUAUCUUAUUAUGGGUUUGCACGUUUUCUGGCCUGCCACAGCCUGCCUGACUCUCUUUGUAGUUUGCAUUAUAAUCGUGAUGCUGAAGUAUGGCGCACGUUUCUGCAAAUUACGACAUGAGCCAUUGCCAUCUGAUCAAGAAUGGGAAGGCAAAGCGUAUUCCAGAAAAUUAUCUCUCUCCAUGGCGUGAAAACAGAUAUUACCGUUUCGAAAAUGUACUCGUAUCGCACAGCUCUUUCAUUUAAAAAAUAUAUAAAUGAAACUGCCGAUUAGUACUUUUACUGUAAACGUAAAUUGAACGUAAAUAACUUCCAAACUAUUUAUAACUGCUUUUUCUCUGUGACACACAUUUCAUAUAUAUAGACACAAUAUUGCAUAUACACAAUAUUGGUCAUGUAAGUUAGAUGAUUAUAUCCGUCCAUUUACUAUGUAUUUGUACUAAAUAUAUUUUUUAUCAAUAUAGACUCGUACGUGCCUUUUUCGAAAAUUAGUGCAAUUCCUAAGGAA